AAAUAUUUUUUUAGCGAAAUAACAAAUCAUUGAAGAUAUACGGAUGCACUGAAGUGGUGGCGAGGUUUUUAAUAAUGAUAAAUCCAAAAUGUGUGCAGCAUGCUCAUAUCCAACAAGGUGAUGAAACAGUAAACAUUGAGAAUAUUAUUCGAGCUGUGCCUCCUACAAACUCUGCCAUAGGAGAAUCGGUCGAAACUAACAUGAUCGAUCAAGAAGCCCAGUCCCCCAAAUCCACUCACGAUGGCGAUCUUCAAGUGCUAUCAACAAUACAGAAAGAUCUAUCACCAUUGCCCAAAAAACGUAAUACUAUCUCCACGGACGAAUUAUUUGAUGCAAAGAGAGUCAAAUUAGACACCAAGUCCCUCAAAACUAAAAGACCUGGCUUGACCGAUGAAAAAUAUGAUGAGACAUCUUAUUACUUUGAAAACGGUCUUCGGAAGGUUUAUCCCUACUUUUUCACGUUCACGACAUUUACAAAAGGGCGUUGGGUUGGCGAGAAAAUCUUAGACGUGUUUGCUCGUGAGUUCCGUGCGCAUCCUGCAGAAGAAUAUAAGCGCAGUAUAGAGACUGGAAAACUAACCGUAAAUUAUGAAAAAGUUCCUGUAGACUAUAGACUAAAGCACAAUGAUCUACUUGCAAAUAUCGUUCAUAGGCAUGAAGUCCCUGUAAGUCUGCAGUCUAUUACUAUAGUGCACAUGGAUGAAGACAUUGUGGUUGUAAAUAAGCCGGCCUCAAUACCAGUACAUCCGUGUGGUCGGUAUAGACAUAAUACUGUGGUGUUCAUACUGGCAAAGUCGCACAACCUAAAAAAUCUAAGAACUAUACACCGACUAGAUCGUCUUACAUCUGGCCUUCUUAUAUUUGGUCGCACCUCAAAGAAAGCCCGGGAAUUGGAACAACAAAUAAGAAAUAGACAAGUACAAAAGGAAUAUAUUUGUCGCGUGGAGGGUCGUUUUCCCGAUGGGAUAAUUGAAUGCAAUGAACCUAUUCAAGUUGUCAGCUACAAAAUUGGAGUUUGUAGGGUAUCGCCAAACGGCAAAGACUGCAGGACAACGUUCCGAAGAAUUUCUGAAGUUGGUGACUGUAGCAUUGUUCUGUGCAAACCACUCACCGGACGCAUGCACCAAAUAAGAGUACAUCUGCAAUAUUUAGGUUACCCCAUUGUAAAUGAUCCCUUGUACAACCACGAAGUCUUUGGGCCCUCUAAGGGACGAGGAGGCGACAUUGGAGGAAAAAGUGACGAUCAGCUGAUCAACAAUCUAAUCAAAAUUCAUAAUGCCGAGAAUUGGUUGGGAGUUGAAGAAGGCGGAGAUGUGUUAAUGGAAAAUCCAUUAAAGUGUGAAAUAAAAACUUCUGUACCAAACAAAGAUUUAAUUGAGAUUGGAGCUCAGAAUUCGAAAAUAACAUCAAUGGUUGCUUCAAUUACAGAAGCUCCCCCCCAGACUGGUCACGAAGAACCAAUCGACCCAUUUGAUUUAAAUAAAACAACAUAUGAUCCACAUUGCCAUGAGUGCAAGGUUAACUAUAGAGAUCCCAAUGCCAAAGAUCUGCUCAUGUACCUGCAUGCUUGGAAAUAUAAGGGUGUCGAUUGGGAGUACAGAACAGAGUUGCCGGACUGGGCUUGUAAAGAACUCAUUGAUUAUGAUACUAUAGACCAGUAGUCGGUACUACCUACUACUGAACGUACGAAAGAGACAAGCAGCAAGCAAGAAACCAAACGGCUUCUUUUGUUCCUCUCGUCACAUACACAGCUAUUCAUGGCGACAGACUACUGGGAGAAGAUACGAUUUUAGCCAGGUCACAGUAAACACGUGAGAUACUUGGCUGAUUUGUGGACGGAGGCGGAAAGACCAUUGACACUUGAGAAUCACAGGGAGUAAACAUUGUCCCUUAGAAUGUUGAAGGUGCUAAGUUACUGGAAAACCCAUGACCCCCAAUAAAGACAACAAAUUGUUUAAUCCUGCUGAGAGCCUUUUUCAUGAAAUAUCUUCCCGGAAAAGCGGCACGAGGCUUUAAAUUUAACUUUCCCGAGUCCUGCGGCACUUGUGAUUUUCCCACUUUAAAUCAUUUAAAGCGGGCGCCCUCUUGUUGAACCAAGCGCCCUUACCCGUUUUAGUGUUGACGGAUCGAUACUGCAUCCACGAUCGCGUGCAUCGCGCCAGCAGCUGGUACAUUAUUUAUGUACCUGCACUUUUUACGACGUACGAUGUACGACGUACCUCUAUUGGCCGAAACCACCUCUGGCCACAAACUGAUAUGCCGCGAUCCUCUUCUCUUACCCCGUCAGUUCGCUCCAUCCAGUGGCCAGGAAUACGUCUUUCGUGUCCAUCAUCGUUUACCAGGGGCUUCAAGUUUUGGUCUUCCGGUUGAUAUGCGCUCCAUGACGGCUGCUCCUGUGCCCGGGGUACGAGUCCGUGCGCCACUCGGAACAUGAUACAAGGCGCGUGCGGCUCUGUCCUUUUGCCUGGGCGACCUUUAGGUCCCUCCACUGCCAUAGCUCUUCCUUUCACCCCAUGCUGUUUUCUCCGCCUUUCUAGUCCGCUCGCCGUCGGUACCUCCUCCGCGGUUUAUGCCGCAGUAGCUCUUCGUCCUAUCGGGAGGUCCAAGGGAUGUGUUCCUGGCUGGACUGUGACUGGCUGUCUUGCUGCGGGCCAUAGC